GAGAUUAUCUCAUUUGAUUACAAGUGGCUGCUCUAUGAGCCGUUGCUUGAGAUGGUAGGGUAUGCAUUCUUAUACAAAUGCUUAAUGCUUGAUAGAAAUCUCUAAGACAGCACCAUGUGAUUUCUCAUCACUAUGUCCUCAUCCUAGAAAUAAUUAUCCAAGUAAUGUUAAAAUGUAUAAAUACACUUCCUCUUGCCUUCAAAAACAGCACAACUCAUUGCCAUCCUCAAGCAUCAACGUUUAGAAUUUAGACACAUUCUUCUUAGAUUUGAGAGUUUUGCCUUAUUCUCCUUGUAGAACAACACUAAAGAUGGGUUUCCGUUUACCUGGUAUUCGAAGGGCAUCCUUCUCUGCUAACCAAGCAUCUUCAAGAUCCUUGGAAGUCCCAAAGGGGUAUCUUGCAGUGUAUGUUGGAGAGAAACAGAAGCGAUUUGUAAUUCCCAUAUCAUAUCUGAACCAACCAUCAUUUCAAGACUUGUUGAGUCAAGCUCAGGAAGAGUUCGGAUAUGAUCAUCCCAUGGGUGGUCUCACUAUUCCUUGCAGCGAAUAUGUCUUCCAACAGAUCACUUCUCAGCUUGAAUAUCCUUAACUCUUGUAUAGAAGAUUGACUUAGAUUAGUAUAGACAUUUUGUACAAUAGGUAAGAGUUGACCACCAGAUUGACAAAUUCAAAGAAUAUGUCUUCUGUUUUUUUUUUAUAAUGACAGUGAGCUCAAUAACUCAGAUAUUUCUUCUCAUCAAUAAAAUUGUUCAGUUCU